AUGGUAGAUGAAAAAAUCCUUGCCAGGGUGACAGAAGCUACAGCAUGGGCCAGCCCCAUUGUACUAGUAAACAAGCCGGGAACAGACAAGCUACGCAUCUGCAUGGAUCUGAGUGCUUUAAACAAUGCAAUUCAACGAGAACAUUAUCAAAUCAAGACACCAGAAGAGAUAUUUGCAGAUUUAGCAGGCUAUGAGUACUUCAGUACACUAGAUGCUACCUCGGUUUUUUUUACAAGUGGCAUUGGAGGAAAAGAGCAGCUACCUGACAACCGUUGCAACACCAUGUGGACGAUACAGAUACCUCAGGCUACCAUUCGGAAUUAG